AUGCCAGUAAUGUCUCUCGUUGAGCGUUACUGCCGCUUACUCACCUUGUUUCCAGCAUCUUCUGGUGUCACCGCCGUUGUCGUGCGAUGGGUGGGGUGUGCUGCCUCUGACGUGGCGCUAAAGGCAAGAUGGAUGAAGACGGCUUGGCUUGAUGGUACAUCGCAAGGAGUAGCUGCCGUGACCUUUGGUCAAGUCCCAUACAUCGACGACGACGGCUUCAUUCUCUAUGAAUCCCGCGCGAUCUGCCGCUACCUCAACAAGAAGUACCCCGGCAGCGAGCUCACCCCCACGCCCGGCGACAUCAAGGCGGAGGCGCUGUUCGACCAGGCAUGGUCUGUGGAGACAUCCCACUUCCACGCCGCGAUGCUCAAGCUCGUCACUUUCGUCGUCUUCUACCCCUUCUACGGCCGCACCGUGGAGCCCGAGGCCCUCGCUGAGGCGCAGAAGGAGCUCGAGGCCAAGCUCGACGUCUACGAGACCAUCCUCAGCAAGCAGAAGUACAUUGCCGGAGACAAACUCUCGCUGGUCGAUCUGUUCCACCUCUCCCACGGCCCGCUCCUCACCCGCUACGCGGACAUCCGCGUCAUGUACGACGAGAAGCGCCCGAACGUGCUCAGAUGGUGGAAGGAGAUCACCGCCUACCCCGAGUGGGUCCGCCUCGAGAAGCAGGAGGCUAUCAAAUCCAUCUUGUCGUACUAA